AUGAAGUUUGGCGAGCAGCUCCGACAGUCCCUGAUUAAGGACUACUAUUGGUAUUACAUUGCCUACGACGAGCUCAAGGACGCUCUCAAGAAACCAUUCAUCAACGGCAAGAGUGGCGAACAAGAACCCUGGACUGACGACGAUGAAGCUUCCUUCAUUCGACAACUGGAGGCCGAACUCGACAAGGUUUUUACCUUUCAGAAGCUCAAGAGCCAGGAGAUUGUCUCGAGGAUAAAAGCCAGCGAGGCCGAGGUCAGGCAGGUCAUCGAACGUCAAGAACACCUGAACUCUGCCGAGGCCGAAACUGACGAUGAUCUUGAGAGUGACUUUGAGCUGCUCGAAGCCGAUCUCAGCGACAUCAUCGCCGAUGUUCACGACCUGGCCAAGUACACUCAAUUGAACUACACCGGCUUUCAGAAAAUCAUCAAGAAGCAUGACAAGCAAACAGGAUUAGUCCUGCGUCCUUCUUUUGCAACCAGACUCAAGGCGAAGCCUUUCUUCCAAGAUAACUACGAUGCAUUCAUCGUCACCCUGUCAAAGCUCUAUGACCUCGUCCGAACCAGAGGUCACCCCGUAAAAGGUGACAGUGCCGCUGGUGGUGCUCAACAAAAUUUCGUCCGGCAGACUACCAAGUAUUGGGUCCACGCAGACAACAUCACCGAGUUGAAACUCAUCAUCCUGAAGCAUCUGCCCGUCCUUGUCUUCAAUCCAAACAAAGAAUUUGAGGAGAAGGACUCUGCCAUUUCCUCAAUCUACUAUGACAACCCGGAAACAUGGGAGCUAUACAUGGGUCGUCUCAAGAAAGCCGAAGGCGCGGAAGCCAUCCGUCUGAGAUGGUAUGGUGGUAUGGAGAACGAAACCAUCUUCGUGGAGAGAAAGACGCAUCGUGAAGAUUGGACCGGUGAAAAAUCCGUCAAGGCGCGUUUUACUCUGAAGGAGAAGAAUGUCAACGCUUUCCUCGCUGGAAAAAUGACCGUGGAGGAAGUCUUUGCCAAAAUGAGAAAAGAGGGCAAGAAAAGCAUUAAAGAAAUUGAGGAUCUCGAACAACUUGCUCGAGAGAUUCAGUACCGCGUGGUCACCCGCAAGCUGGUGCCUGUGUGCAGAUCAUUCUAUCACCGAACGGCUUUCCAACUCCCUGGCGACGCUCGCGUACGAAUCUCCUUGGACACUGAAUUGACCAUGGUCCGAGAAGACAAUCUAGAUGGGAGAGAAAGGGCUGGUAAGAACUGGAGACGAAUGGACAUUGGUAUUGAUUGGCCCUUCCCACAGCUGCCUCCCGAGGACGUUGAACGCUUCCCCUAUGCUGUCCUUGAAGUCAAAUUGCAGACCCAAGCGGGUCAAGAGCCUCCUCAAUGGGUCCGUGAUCUGACUUCUAGCCACCUUGUCGAAGCUGUGCCCAAAUUCUCCAAGUUCAUUCAUGGUUGUGCCACCAUGUUCCCUACACGCAUCAAUCUUCUUCCCUUCUGGUUCCCUCAGAUGGACGUGGAUAUUCGCAAACCAAUCACCCACCGUUUUGGUAUCGAACGGCCGGCCAACACUGCGAGCUACUCCACUAGCGAUGUCGAUGAAGACGAAGAAGAUUCAGAUGAGGAAGGAGAGGACAGCCAGACCACGGAAAGGACCACCCCUUUUGUGAACGGAUCCAAUGACGGCGAUGAUGAACAAACAAGACGACUAAAGGCUGCUAAACAUGCGUUGGAUGAGCAUAGUCGUGCGCAAGAACCGAAUGAUCAGGAAGACGGCAACCUCGCUCCCGGAAAUUCAUUAGAUGAAGAAGAACGCAUCUCUGCCACGCCUCUGGUUGAGGACGAGUAUAUCUAUGACUCCGAGGCCGAUGAUGCCGAAAAUGAGCUAGAGGAUGCUCGUCAAUCCAAGUCCUGGAAAUACUACCCUUUGAUUCUGAAACAUCACGCUCAACUUGCAGCCGAUGCCGUCAUGAACGCCUUCCACAAAAUCCCUAUAUCUACGCCUCUCCCGCAAAACGGAAAUGUUGGAGGUGUCAACCCUACGGGUGGUCCAGUGCAAGUCAGACGAUUCAAGGCACCCAAGGGCAAGCGCAUUCAUGUUCCUGUCCGAGUCGAGCCCAAGGUGUAUUUCGCCACUGAGCGUACCUUCUUGUCGUGGCUGGAAUUCAGUAUCAUUCUGGGCUCCAUUGCUGCGACGCUGCUCAAUUUUGGAGACAAUGUCAGUCUCGCAUCGGCGUGGGGCUUCACCAUUGUGGCGUGCGCCGCGUUAUUAUACAGCGUGGUGAUCUAUUGGUUGCGUGUGCAGAUGAUUCGGAAGCGGAGGGCGAGCAUCUCACGAUAUUAUGACAAGUAUGGCACAACCGGCUUGUGCAUUGGAUUGGUGGCGGCAACCGCCAUCACUUUCGUGUUUAGGAUUAAGGAAGACGGGUGGUUUUGA